AUGCAGGCGUCUGUGACUAGGAGAUCGAAGUUUAGAACUGCAUGCGACAGAUGCUACGAGCUCAAAGAAAGAUGUGAUCGCGCAUCUCCCUCAGCCCACUGUGCACGAUGUGCUAGGCUAAGUGUGACUUGUUCAACAGUGCGGCCUGUACGGCCUGUGGGCAGGAGAGCACAAUAUACAGACUCGGUGACUAGAUUGGCCUCGAAGAAAUCCAGAAAGCUGGCGCAAAAUAAGCCUAUCAUUGGUUCACCUUUGAAUGUGCUUCCUGAUUUACAGCCAGAAGAGCAGGAGUUGUUGUCGUUUUUUCUAAGCCAAUCAGGAAAUCUAGAUCGGUUCAUUGCGUACCCAAGCUCUCAAUCCGGGAAGCAGCAAUUGUUUUCUGUUCAGCUAUCAAGUGCUCUACCAUCUUUCAGGGAUGCUUUUCUCGCAUGUGCUCUAUCAGUGAAACAAUUACAAACAGGCACCACAGGCGAUGCGGAUACAACUUUCAGUGUUCGCUAUAUACUGAAGGCUAUGGACGCAUUGCGUUCAUUGCCUGUUCUAUCUUCACAAGAUGCAGUUCUAUGCCAUGCUCUGGGAGGGUUACUUGCAUUUUCAAUAUCUUCCGCAAUCGGCGUAGGAGUUCCAGAUAUUUGCCGUCACUGUCUAGGUACAACUACUCCGUUCAUGACAACGACAGUUUCUGAUGCACAAGAUGAUCCAUGGGGAAGCUUCUUGAUCCUGUUAGAAACUAUGGACUGUCUUAUGCAUCGACAAAAGCCGAUACUGAGGAUCCGGGUACCAACCUCUGUCGUUAUUGACUGUCGUCUUGGCCUCUGUUUACCUCUAUUACCCUACUAUCAUGAUCUAUGUGUCAUCAGUAACACACUUCUUAACACAACUGACACCAAUGUCCUGGCUCGUUUGCAAAAACAGCUAGAUGAAAUACAUUGCAUUGUGGAGCCAUGGCAGCCAUCUCAAUUGAAUGGACUCAUUGAGCGCUUUGAUUCGACGGAAAUCGUUCAUCUUCUUGCGCAAGCCAAGAUUUACCGCUUGGGAGCUCUCCUAGUGGGUCAUCGGUUACGAUAUCCAUUUGGUCAGGAAGAUUCUCAAGCGGAAAUCUGGUCAAAAGAAGUAAUGAUGGAGCUUGAAAUGGCAAGAUUAGUCACCAAAAAACCUAUGCGCUUUGUAACAUUGCCAUUUAUUAUCGCUGCCGUUGAGGUUAGAGAGGAAAAUUUACGGGUCAAAACGCUUGAGUGCGUAGACGAUUGCGUGGAUGAUUUCGCUCGGUUUAUGCAAAAGGCAACAAAGACAUUUUUGUUGAGAGUUUGGCAUGAGAGAGAUGCGGAUGUUACAACUAGGUGGUUUGAUUCAAUCCACAAACCAUGUCCUGUGUUGAAUGCUCUUACUGCGACUUGUUCGGCUGGUUGA